CCCCAACACAUUUCCUCACCUUUCACACCACACCACAUCAACAUGCCUUCCGCCGAAUUCAACGCCGCUGCCGAGAAGAUCAAGACGUUGCCUAGCCCACCCAGCAACGACAAACUCCUCGAGCUCUACGGUCUCUUCAAGCAGGCGACCGUUGGCGACAACACCACCGCUGCCCCCGGCAUGUUCGACCUCAAGGGCAAGGCCAAGCACAACGCCUGGACCGAGAAGAAGGGUCUCUCCCAGGAGCAGGCCGAGAAGGAGUAUAUCGCAUUGGUUGCCCAGCUCACUGCUUAAGAACCCGAAGCAACAUUCCUCGACCGAACAACUACCUUUUGUAUAUACAAAUGUUAUCGCCGAUUAAAAAGAAGACAAAAUAAAGCGAGUUUGCUUUUGUUUCUGUAACUGUCGUCUUGUGCUGAGAGUAUUGCGACGAUUGCAGGAAAGGGACACGCAAAACCCUGUGAACUUUU